AUGAGCGAAACAACGACGUCGCAGCAGAACAGUGAGCCCCCCCCCUACAGUAAUCCCGGACCCCCCACCCAGCCACUUUUCCAGCAGCCAUCUCGAGUAGCAGUUCGAUGUCCCUGAAAAGCACUCAAGCUGCUUCGCCGGCGGCUCCUCCAAAGCGCAUAAUUCCCGCGUGGCUGCUCUCCUCGAUUUCCGAGUCGACGACGUCGGCGUCGCGAAGAAUCUGCAGAAUCUGUCAGAUGCACGAAGGGGAGAUGGUGCGUCCGUGCGAUUGCGCCGGAACGAUGGGCGACGUGCACGAGGAGUGUCUGACAAAGUGGGUGAACAUGUCGAACAAGAAGGCGUGCGAGAUCUGCAAGUCCGCGUAUUCGAAGAGCGGCGCCACGUUCAAACCGAUCAGAGAGUGGAGCAAACCGAAGUGCAAUUUAAAUGUGGGCGGGAAAUCGGCGGAUCUGGAGAUGCUGGAUUGUUUCAGAAUCUGUUCCACGUUGUACUCAUUCUCUGCUUGGGCUUUCUGAUCUUUUACAUUAUCAUUGUGAUGCGGGAGAGAUUCUUUUAUGAGAGAGUCUACGAGAAAGGCAUGUUCUGGCGUCCCGAUGAUACUGGCAGAAUUCGUGAGUUUUAAACAAUAUCAGUCAAGAGACGCAGUACUUUUACAACUUCUUCAUACGCCUUCUCCCAAGACUACUGUACCUCAAGAGCUAACCGAAAAGUAAUACUUCGAAAAGGUACAUUAGUCUUGAAAGAGGUUGCAUGAAAAAGUUAUCAACUACAAAAAUGAAGUACUAGAUAUGUGGACUUUACUGAAACUUUUUGGAAACAAUAUGACGUCUCAUUCUUCUCCAAUACUUAUUCAAGGUUGAGCAAUUAUUUUCAGUCACCGUGGUGAUUCUCUCUUGUGCCGUGCUCAACAACGUCUACUCGCUGACGAUCAAGACGGUGCAGUACCUGAAGAGACAACGACGAAUUCGUUUUAUCGAUAAACACACUUGAGAAUAAUAUUGUUUUGAAAAGUUACCUGAUGACUCAUUGCGAGAAAGAGAGAUGACGUGAAAACGGUCAAAACGGGUUCUCAAUUCUCGACUGAGAGAGAGAGAGAGAGAGAAGAAAACGAAAAAGACGGCGAGAAAGAGAAGACCGUCACCAGGGUUGUAAGACUAACAUCGAUCGGAGACACGGACGUAGACAGACACACACACACACGCAAACAUGGUCACUUUUUUGUUUGAUUCCAAUUUGCAAUUUCGUAUCCCUCCUUCUCCUUCUCCCUGUCACAUGCCUUUCUCGGUCACUUCUACACGUCGUCAUCUCUUCUGAAGAGCCGUCCUUCCAGAUGUCUUCUUCUGUCGUUUCCGAUCAAAUGGACGUCGAGUCCUCGUCCGCUUUUUCUCCAGCAGAGCCGGUGGUUGACGGAGCGUUUGUGUCGAAGCAUAACUUGAGUGCUGAGGCCUAUCAGGUUUGUGGAGCUUCGUAUGAAAUCCAGAGGGACCCAACUUAUGUCCAUAGAGUUAGAAGUCCACAUGCACUCUGCAAACUUCCGACGUAAUCAUUAGCAAACGUUUUCCAGGAGCUGUCCAAGUUUAGCUAAAAUACCUUAAAAAAAAGCCCAUCAAUGCAGUUUAUCUUGAUUACCUCCUAUGCUUUUUGGUUUGGGAUCCUUGGGAUCCGAACGGUACUUCACCAACUUUAUGUUGAACUCUUGAAUGUUAACAGUUAACAGUUAACUUUUGACCUGUUUCGGGACUCCUAGCAUGUGAAAACCACAAAAGAAAUGGUUCUGACAGAGUGAAGAUUCUCUCACAAAAGCUUCUGAAGAUGUUGGUCAACUAGAUGUAUAGUAGUAGUUUGAGUAGAAACAAACUGUGAAGAACCGUUUGAUGUUUGUUCAAUGUCCUUGAUGAAUAAAAAUUCAAACUACACACUUUCAGGGCUUCAAAGAAUGCGCGGACAGUCUGCUCUCCGGAAAAGUUGCCCAGAACGAGCAGCUCGUGUUCAUCCAGAGAACGCUUCAAAUCUGCGAGAACGUCAUUCUGAACUUUGAGGACGAGAAACAGCAUCUGAUGAGCGACGUGCUUCUGGUGUGGGCGAUGAAGCAGCAGAAGUUGAGCAUCGCCACGUUGCACACGCAGCAAUUGCACUAUAAAGAGCUGGAUUUGAUCAAUUUGCAGUGAGUUUGACGAGAUCUGAACCUCUGGAUUUGAAACUGAGUGCUUUUAGAUUUGAAUACUUUGGAGAGUUGCUCCAACAAACGCUCUCGGGCCUCGAUUACCUCAAGCAAUACUAUCCGAAUGUUGGAUUCGAAGAAGUUCACUCAAAAGUCCGUAACCUCGCCCACUAUUUCCUUUACUACUCGAUCAUUGUGAGCCGUCAACCUCCGUCAGUCAUCGUAAAGUGCGGAGAAGCGGAGAACCAUCGGAGGAGCAGAUUCUGGUUUAACACGGAGAUUCGGUAACGGGAAAUGGUGAGGACCGCACUAGAAUCAGUGUUUUAGAAUCCUCGGAGGCAGUGCGUUCGGAAUAGAUGCGAACAACGAGAACUCGAACGUCAAUUGCUAUCUGAUCACCGAUGAAACGGCAAAACAACUGCUCAACAACGCCUACCUCGACAUUUUCGAAUCGGAAGAGUUUUGCAUCGAACCCUCGACGACCACUUUUCAGAAAAAGGAUGCCAGAGGAAUCAAGGCUAAGUUUGAUGACAUGGUACGAAUCGGAUCAUCUUCGCAGUUCUGCAAACGCAUCUAUUGCAGAAAGUUGCCAAGAAAGUGCAACUGCGACGAGAUUCGGUGGCCACAAAGAGAUAUUGUCUCUGCUACAACAUACAACUACAAACCAAUUGCGGAAUCGAGCUGGUCGGCAAAAAAGUGAGCAUACUGUAGUAUACAAAUGUUUCAAAUAGGACGAAUUUUCAGGUAUCGCUGCCGUUUGCCGUGUUGGUUGGGCCUAAAGCCGAUGUGGAGGCGAAACUGUUUUUGGAGCGAUCUUUUGCGGAUUUGGUAAGUUCAACCUCUGCAACUUUUGCGCACACUUUGUCGAAAAGUUCUAGACAUGCUGAAUGCUCACAAACUUCAUUUUCAGGUGCGUCACCCGCUGUCCGACAUCCCGACGCACGUGUCUUGUGCAGAAAUGGCAGACGCGCUCGAGAUGAAGUUCCAGGCGAUCAUCGAAACUCCGCAGAAGAACACGGACGGUCCGUCGGUGGUGCAGCCGCGGAAGUUCGCGAUGCAGACGAAACAGCACCUGGUGAUGAGAAUGAAGCCGAAUCAGCAGGGAUUUCUGCCCCUCGACAACUUUAUGAAGGUACUUUUUUGUGUCUCUCUAAACAGACUGUUUACUUGCCAGUCGCUCUUGUCCUCUAAACGUUUCGGACGAAAAAGAAGUAGAAAAAACGAGUUUUGCCCUGUUCGAAAGUGUUUCCAAGUAAUUACAAGUUGCGUGUUCGCCGGCCUAAACCCCUCAAUUUUCAGCUUCCGGUCGCCGAGGAAUUUCAGCAAAAGAAGGGCGGCGGCGCGUCGGAGGGCGAUUGGAAAUUGGUGCCCUUCUACGACUGGUUCUUCAAAUUGGCGGAAAUUGUGAACAAGUACCUGUACAGUAUGUGGUACGACGGGUGAGAAUCACUUUCUCGGAAACGCUCUUCGAAUCGAACCGUCUUUGCAGAUUGAUCUUCGGAUUCUGUAGUAAGGAGGACGCGGAGAACAUUCUGCGAUGCAUUCCGAGAAGUGUUUUGCUCGUGAGAUUCUCGGAUAUCGAGUAUGGGAAGAUCAAGAUUUCGGUGAAGAAUAGGAAUGGAGGUAGGUUGGCGAAGGGCUGCUUUGAACGAGUAUUGUACGUUUUAUUUUGGGAACAUCCUAUUGUUGAAAUCUGCCAGAAUACAUAGUACUGUACCCUUGUAGUUGACAACUUCCUAUAGUACUCUCUGAACGGUUGAAGCGCGAAUUUUGAUCUGUUAAUUUCUAAAAGCCCUUCAGACAUCCGUCAUCACUGGUACGAGCACGCCGACCUGAAUGCUCGGUCCCUCACGUCCGAAUUGCUGACGAAUCACAAGUUUGCCGAUGUCGAUCUCAUUUAUCCGGACAUUGAUCUAGAGGUACGUGUGCGUGUAUGUAUGUAUGUUUACACUUUUGCCUCGAUAUCUUGAUGAAACACUUGGAUGUCGCCUGAAUUCAACGAAAAUUAUGAAUGAUCAAAAAUCGAACGCAAGUUUUAAGGUGGCUCUCGGCGGAAGGGACAAGCCACGUGUCCGACUGCCACGCACGAUGGCUCCCGACGACAUCUACUUUGAUAAUCAGGGAGCGGCGACGUGA